CCAUGAAACAAAUGGUGCAGUCCCUUUGAGCUAACCAUUGCAUCAUGACCCGAGAUAGAGAACCUGUUGCGGGAAGUUUUCAUUUUGUUUGCAUCCUGGCCUUCAUAGUCGGAAUCAUGAUCCAGUUCUCUGAUGAACUUGAGUCUGCAGUAGACUAUUCAAACAGGAACCUAACUCGUGUCCCCAAAGACCUGCCGCCAGGAACAAAAUCCUUAAAUCUGUCUCAAAACUCUAUCCCCGAGCUGCAGAUGUCUGAUGUCCGCUUUCUGCCGGAGCUGAGGGUUCUGAGGCUCUCCCAUAACAGAAUCCAGACACUUGAUUUUGGUGUGUUCAAGUUCAGCCCGGAUUUAGAAUAUCUGGAUGUCUCUCACAAUCAGUUGCGAAACAUCUCUGGCUGCCCUGCGGUGAGCUUGAAGCAUUUAGACCUCUCAUUCAAUGACUUCGACCUGCUGCCCGUGUACAAGGAAUUUGGCAACUUGAUGCACCUGAGUUUCUUGGGAUUAAGUGCUACGAAGUUCCGACAAUUGGAUCUGCUCCCAAUUGCUCACUUGCACCUGAACUACAUUCUUCUGGACUUAGUGGGUUAUCAGGUCAAAGAUGGUGAGAACGAAAGUCUUGAGGUUCUGAAUACCAACGCUCUUCAUUUGGUCUUUCAUCCAAGUAGCUUGUUCUCUGUGCAAGUGAACAUAUCUGCGAAUGCUUUGGAAUGUUUACAAUUGAGUAAUAUUAAAUUGAAUAAUGGAAACUGCCAAAGGUUAAUUACAUUUUUAUCAGAACUCACCAGAGGUCCAACCUUAUUCAAUUUGACUCUCCACCACGUGGAAACUACCUGGAAGUGCUUUGUUGAACUUCUCCAAUUUCUUUGGCCCCGACCGGUGGAGUAUCUCAAUAUUUACAACUUAACGAUAAUUGAAAGCAUCAAUUAUGAAAUUUUUGUUUACUCGAAGACAGCACUGAAGGCACUGACAAUAGAGCAUGUUACGAACCAGGUGUUUAUCUUUGGAAAGGAAGCAUUGUACUCUAUAUUUGCUAAUAUGAACAUCAGGAUGCUGACCCUCUCACACACACCUUUCAUCCAUAUGAUCUGCCCUCAGAUCCAAAGCAAAUUUACGUUUCUGAACUUUACCCAGAAUGUUUUCACAGACAGUGUAUUCCAAAACUGUUCCACCUUAAGGAGUCUGGAGACACUUAUCUUACAAAAGAAUAGCUUGAAGAACCUUUUCAAGGUCGGUCUCAUGACUAAGAACAUGGUCUCUCUGGAAACUUUGGAUGUUAGUAUGAAUUCCUUGGACUCUCAUGCAUAUGAGGAAACAUGCACUUGGGCUGAGAGCAUAUUGGUGUUAAAUCUUUCUUCAAAUGUGCUUACUGACUCUGUCUUCAGAUGCUUGCCCCCCAAGGUCAAGGUCCUCGACCUUCACAACAACAGAAUAAUGAGCAUCCCUAAAGACAUCACCUACCUGCAAGCUUUGCAGGAACUCAAUGUUGCAUCCAAUUUUUUAACGGACCUUCCCGGAUGCGGGGCCUUCAGCAGCCUUUCUGUGCUGGUCAUCGAGCAUAAUACAGUUUCCCACCCCUCAGUGGGUUUCUUCCAGAGCUGUCAGAAGAUCAGGUCCUUAGCAGCAGGGAACAACCCAUUCCGAUGUACAUGUGAGCUGAGAGAGUUUAUCCAAAACAUAGGCCACGUAUCAGGAGAAGUGGCAGAGGGCUGGCCCGAUUCUUACAGGUGUGACUCCCCAGAAGGCGCUAAGGGGACCCCACUGCAGGACUUCCACAUGCCUCCAUUGUCCUGUGAUACUGUUCUGCUGAUUGUCACCGUCGGGGCCACUUUGCUGGUGUUGGCCGCCAUCGUGGCCUUCCUCUGCCUCUACUUUGAUCUGCCCUGGUACCUAAGGAUGAUGUGUCAGUGGACACAGACCCGGCACAGGGCCAGGAACAUCCCCGAAGAGGAACUCCAGAGGAAACUCCAAUUCCAUGCUUUUGUCUCAUACAGUGAACAUGAUUCUACCUGGGUGAAGAAGGAAUUACUACCAAACCUAGAGAAAGAUGGCAUACGGGUUUGCCUCCAUGAGAGAAACUUUAUCCCUGGCAAGAGCAUCGUGGAGAACAUCAUCCACUCCAUCGAGAAGAGCUACAAGUCCAUCUUCGUGUUGUCUCCCCACUUCAUUCAGAGUGAGUGGUGCCAUUAUGAGCUCUACUUUGCCCAUCACAAUCUCUUCCACGAAGGCUCUGAUAACCUAAUCCUGAUCUUGCUGGAGCCCAUUCCACAGGAUAACAUUCCCAGUAGGUACCACAAGCUUCGGGCUCUUAUGACACAGCGGACUUACUUGGAAUGGCCUGCGGAGAAGAGCAAGCAUGGACUCUUUUGGGCCAACCUUAGAGCUUCUUUUAGUACGAAGUUAAUAUUAGUCAAUGAAGAGGAUGUGGGAACUUGAAGUUUGGAUUUUCAACUUAAUGAACUGCCAACUUGGACUCAGAUGAGCAUUGUGGUUUUACGUUCCUAACUGGAGCUACUUCUCUUAUGGUGUCCUAGUUCGGGGUCUGUGACUAUGAUGAACAGCAUAACCAAAUGCAGCUUAUGGAAGGAAAGGUUUCUCUGGGCUUAUGGUGGCAGUCUGUCAUGAAGGGGAAUCAAGCAGGAACUUAAAGCAGGAGUCUGGAGGCAGGAAUUGAGGCAGAGACUGUGGAAGAUUGCUGCUUUCAACCUUUCUCUCCGCAUCUUGUUCCGUGUGCUUUCUUAUUGCACUGAGGACCACCUGCCCAGAGGUGGCAUCACCCGCUAUGGGCUGGACCCUCCCACAUCAAUAGUAAUCAAGAAAAUGUCCCACAAGCCUGCUUGCAGUCUAAUUGAGACAUUUUCUUAUUUGAUGUUCUUUCUUCCCAAAUGUGACCCCAGUUUGUGCCAAGUGGACAAAACAAAAACAAA